UGCGCGGUAUACGCAGACACUGCUGUUUCACGUCAUGGUGGAGAGAAUUUUAAUAAAAGACAAGAGAUAAAUAAUUAAACUUACAGAAGCAAGUGAUUAUCUUGCAAAUUUCACCAGACAGACGUUUUGCGUCGGUAAUAGAUUUACUAUUGAAUCAAUGGACCUCCAGACUCUACGGAGUUCCCACGAAUUCCUCCUUUUCUUUGCCGUGGCGAACUAUCAUCAUCGUCAUGUGCGCGUGAACGUGGCCCGGCCUCGAGACGUUCGAUUUCGCUUCGCUGUCAGCAUCCCCCUUGACUGCGCGCCGCUUGCCGAAGGCCACUGGAUACUUCAGGCCCGCCGUCGACGUCAAGUCUGAACACGGCUCUCCGAGCAGCUUCACGAUCAGGAUGACGCUAUAAAGGCCUUACAAGCGCCAGCGGACGAGAUCCUUAAGCGAUCGUCACGUUCAAGCAGCCAGGCAAGACGUCUUCCGCUGGAAAGCUUUGUUACCUAUUAAUUGCCACGGUUUGCAAGAAAACGGACCCCUAAGCAAUCCGCCAUGAAUCCAGGCAACCUCAAACGAUUGCGUCGAGGCUGUGGCUUUCCUCGAUGUUCGCGCUUGAAGAUACGGCGCCACAUCGCUCGGAGCCAGCUGUGGGCGGUGGCCAAAUUCCGGAGCUGCCGACGGCGUUACCCUGGACAACGGGUGACAAAUAUCGUGGGUGCUAAGAAGCCAGCCUACGGCAGCAGAUUUGGGUUCCAGACUUCGCCGCUGCUUUUGUGGAUGAAACCUGUCUUCCACGGCGACGGCUCGCAACUUGAGGGCAUUCAACGCCAAGCUGGAGUGAGAGUGCCCACCUCGCCGUCCAAGCUACGCUGUUUUCAGAGCCUCACCGACCCACAGUUAUGCUUCAUGAAAAAGAACCUGCGUUCGCCUCUAGAAAGUAGCCUCUAUGAGACACCUCAUCACAUGACCGACUCACCCUCCGUGCCGUGGGGCUUUCUUCGGCUACGCGACAGGUCUCGGAUGCCGUUUGCGACCAAAAAAGCUCCAGACGCUGCACGUGUCGCCAACUCUGCAGAACGCGUUACCGUCUUUCCGAGCGAGAUCUUCAAGAGGCGCGAGAGGAAGACAACGCUAGAAGACAACCAGACUACACAGGGUGCCGGAACGCUUGGACUUGAGACGCCGCCACGGCUUUUGUCGCCUGUUUCGGGACCCGACAAGAUGUCCGACUCCGUCUGUCUCCGUCAGCGCGUCGUCUGCCCUCAGCGCGUCGUCUGCCCUCAGCGCGUCGUCUGCCCUCGUGCUUCGAAUCGGCUGUUUCUAACAUCGAUGCCCUCGCGACUGACGCCGCUUGUGGCUGCAGAGGAAGCACCCGCGUCGCUGCGCGCUGCUGCAGCGCAUACGUCUCGUUCCGUGCCAGCCAGCCUCUGCGUUAUCUGCGCCUUCAAGUGGGCGAGACUCCGCAGAAGCAGCCUGACGCUUCCGGGUGGCGCUGCUCGCGGCCACUGUUGCCGGCCUCCACGUCGCCGGUUCGCUUUGACGGAAGUACUUCGGGUGCUGGUUGCUGGAAGGGAUAGAGCCGGGCCGGCGCCGCGCAGGCUAUCAUCAUCGUAAUGUGCAACAUUCUCCUGGUGGUGCGCGUGAGCGUGGCACGAGACGUUCGAUUCCACUUCGCCAGCCUGGCUGCGUGGCGCUCAUCCGAGGUCAAGGACCGCUGACGUCGCGUCCGAACAAGAUCCUCCGAACACCGUCAGUAUCAAGGGAACGUUGAAAGCACAUCGCCAUCAUUACGCGAUCCUUAGCAGCCACGCAAGAUGCCCUUCGCCGGCGAGUUCUGCUCUACUGCUCUGUUGCCAACUUACAAGGGGUCGAGACCUUGUCAAGCUGUCCAAGCUUUUAGUCCUGUAAUCCUCCUUUUUUAAGGAAAUAAAUUGAUUGAUUGAUUGA